ACUUAUAAGCAAAUGUUGUAUGAUCAUCUUCUCAGUUUUCAAAGAUUCUUCCUUCCACUAACAACCAUCGCCCUUUAAUGGAAGCAAAAAGUCAAAUAUUAUAUUUUAGAGGGAAACGUGAAGCCAUUCGUCUCUCUCUGAACUAAGCUCUUCUGAGGCAUAAGGAAUAUAGGAUUUCUCUCAAUCCGAAUUUUUCUCUCUUUGGAUUCUACAUUUCUUUUUCAGUUCACAGUCAACCAACACAACCCAUAGAACACGGUCUCCUCAGUGAAUUGCACGUAAAUUGUAGUUCCGAUUCUUUUGUGUUGAGAAAUUGCUACUCGUAGAACUCUGCUGGAAUCUGGGUCUUGCCUUUCACCGUUUUUCGUUUCAUUCCCCUGUUUUUGGGGGUUUUAUUAUCGUCUUCUUUGGCUUGAUUCUUGUUUGGGUUAUGCGAUGGCUUCGAUCGCAAACGUAAUUCAGUCUCCAAUUCGUUCACAUCGGUUACCUUCCUUUCGAUUGUCUCCCAACAGAACAGUUCCCGCCAAUUCUUUUGUUCUCAAAUGUCGAUCACUUGCUUUUAAAGCUUUGAACUCACCGUUUUCACCUUUGACGGAGAAUCGAACUGUUCUGCCGCCGGUGGAACUAUCUAGCAAGGCUAUUGAGCUCUUAAGUUCUAGACAACCGUUAAAGUCUCGAAGUGUGGUUCGUCUGCCGGUGGUGAGGGCAGCUGCAGCUGAUGCCGAUGGAGCUUCCGACGGGUUGACUAGCCCUUCAAAGAGCUUUGCUGCAAGAUUUCCAGCACUCAUUACUGGUUUCUACUUCUUUAUGUGGUACUUUUUAAAUGUUAUUUUCAACAUACUCAACAAAAAAGUUUACAAUUAUUUUCCAUAUCCAUACUUUGUCUCUGUCAUACACCUUCUUGUUGGAGUUGGAUAUUGUCUAGUUUCUUGGGCCGUAGGUCUGCCUAAACGUGCCCCGAUAGAUAAGGAGCUCUUGCUAUUAUUGACUCCAGUUUCGAUAUGUCAUGCACUUGGACAUGUGAUGUCAAAUGUUUCAUUUGCAGCUGUUGCUGUGUCCUUCACUCAUACCAUUAAAGCUCUGGAGCCAUUCUUUAACGCUGCUGCUUCUCAAUUUGUUUUGGGACAUCAAAUUCCCUUCAGUUUGUGGCUUUCUCUAGCACCUGUUGUUUUAGGUGUGUCAAUGGCAUCACUAACGGAACUUUCUUUCAAUUGGACUGGCUUUGUUAGUGCAAUGAUUUCAAACAUUGCAUUUACCUAUAGAAGUAUCUAUUCAAAGAAAGCGAUGACAGGAAUGGACAGUACAAAUGUAUACGCAUACACCUCAAUAAUCGCUCUUUUGUUUUGCAUUCCUCCUGCUGUAAUGAUUGAGGGACCGCAGUUGCUGCAGCAUGGUUUUAAGGAUGCCAUUGCCAAAGUAGGUCUACAAAAGUUCUUGUCUGAUCUUUUCUGGAUCGGCAUGUUUUAUCAUCUAUACAAUCAGCUUGCCGCUAAUACCCUUGAACGUGUUGCACCAUUAACACAUGCUGUAGGAAACGUAUUGAAGCGGGUUUUUGUGAUUGGUUUCUCCAUUGUUUUUUUUGGCAAUAAGAUUUCAACUCAAACUGGAAUUAGUACUGCUAUAGCAAUUGCCGGUGUCGCCAUGUACUCCUUGAUUAAAGCAAACUUAGAGGAGCAAAAAGGGAGGGCUGCUAAAAUUCCAUCAUCAUAAAAGUUCAGCACAAUCCACUGUAGAUAGACCCUAUUUAUAAACGAGGCUGGAGAAUUCACCCGAGUUUCGGAAUUCAACGCAGUUGCUUGAUCAGUCACCGGAGGAGUCUUCUGUACCCACCAGAGGAUGGAAACAGAGAUGGUAACUAUGAAUUUAGUUUUUCCUUGAAUGUUUAUCCAGGCUUUAUUGAAGUUAUUGAACAUGUUUUUAAGGGCAUCUCCAAUUGGAAUUUGCUGGAUGAUACCCAUACAGCUUAACAUAUGAGUUUAGAAUAAUCUAUCAUGCAAUGUUAAUUAGGUCCUGAUUCACUCAAAAUCUCAGCACAUGCUUGAAUUCCCAAACAACAAAUCCUGUCUGUCUUAUUAACUUCAUUUUGAAUCAUUAAUGAUCUUUAAAUAGAUCAAAAUAUCUAUUCAAUCUACAAGAAUCUAUUGUUUAGA